CUGCACGCACCACCCAUCACUGCAGUACUGCAAAUGAAGUGCAAAAUGGCCAGCAGUAGUAGAGUAGUAGCAGCCGCCGCCGUCCUUGUAGCCUUUUGCGCCGCCGCCCUCUCGUCGGCCACGGUGACCGUGAACGAGCCCAUCGUCAACGGCCUCUCCUGGAGCUUCUACGACGCGUCCUGCCCGUCCGUCGAGGGCAUCGUGCGCUGGCACGUCGCCGACGCCCUCCGCCGCGACAUCGGCAUCGCCGCCGGCCUCAUCCGCAUCUUCUUCCACGACUGCUUCCCGCAGGGCUGCGACGCGUCCGUCCUCCUGUCUGGUUCCAACAGCGAGCAGAAGCAGGGACCCAACCAGACGCUCCGUCCCGAGGCGCUCAAGCUCAUCGACGACAUCCGCGCCGCCGUCCACGCCGCCUGCGGCCCCAAGGUGUCCUGCGCCGACAUCACCACGCUCGCCACCCGGGACGCCGUCGUCGCGUCCGGGGGUCCCUUCUUCGAGGUGCCUCUCGGCCGCCGCGACGGGCUAUCGCCGGCGUCCAGCGACCAGGUCUUCACGCUGCCGGGCCCCGACUUCGACGUGCCCACGCUGCUCGCCGCGUUCAAGAACCGGAGCCUGGACACGGCGGACCUCGUGGCGCUCUCCGGGGCGCACACCGUGGGUCGUGGCCACUGCUCCUCCUUCACCAGCCGCCUCCCGCCCAACGCCGACGACGGCACCAUGGACCCGGCGUUCCGCCGGACGCUCGCGGCCAAGUGCGCCAAGGACGCCAGCGCGGCGCAGGUGCUGGACGUGCGCACCCCCAACGCCUUCGACAACAAGUACUACUUCGACCUCAUCGCCAAGCAGGGGCUCUUCAAGUCGGACCAGGGCCUCAUCAACGACCAGACCACCAAACGCGCCGCCACGCGCUUCGCGCUCAACCAGGCCGCCUUCUUCGACCAGUUCGCCAGGUCCAUGGUCAAGAUGAGCCAGAUGGACGUGCUCACGGGCAACGCCGGAGAGGUCCGCCUCAACUGCGCAGUGCGCAACGCCGCCCGCGUCGUCUCAGCAGACCAGCUCGAGACCGCCGCCGGCGACGAGGGGCUCGCGGCCGACGCGUGAUUAGAAUUUUGUUUUACAAUAAAUGGGUGGCGAGCGCGAGUUGCGAGUAGAACGAGAGCCAAGAGCUGACUGUUGUGGUGUGUGGCUCAUGGAAGCCUGUCUUUUGCUGUUGCUUCUCCAGUUCUCCUUGUCCUAUCUGUACGGCGCGUGCACUACUCUCUCCUUAUAUUUUUUUUCUUCAUUUCUCGUGAAAAAGGCACUUCAUUUACC